CCACGCUAACAACAUUCUCAAGGAUAGAUAGAUAGAGAGAGAGAGAGAGAGAGAGAGAGAAAAUAAAAGCUCCAAGCUUUUUUAUUUCUUUCUCUCGUCAUCCCUGCAAAUAGGAAGGUUGUAGAACAAGAAGUGGGGUCUUUGUUUUUAUUUCUGACCUUCCGAUUCCGAUAAAACUAUCAGCUUCAAAGCCCAUACACUCCAACCCAAUCCAAAUCCACUUCUUCUUCACAUAAUAUAUAGUUAGAGAGAGAAAGAAUUAAACUUUUCACAUCUCUACCUCUCUCUCUAUCAGCUUCUCUCCUCCUGUUCUUAUGGAAGCUUCACCCAAUGAUCGCCUUCACUUUGGCAAAAUGGGUUUCGGGUGCCAGCACUACAGGAGGAGAUGCCAGAUCAGAGCUCCAUGUUGCAACGAAAUCUUCGAUUGUCGACAUUGUCACAACGAGUUCACUAGUACUCUGCGCAAUAUCUACGACCGUCAUGAGCUUGUUCGUCAAGACGUUAAACAAGUGAUUUGUUCGGUUUGCGACACAGAGCAGCCGGUAGCUCAAGUAUGCUCCAACUGUGGUGUCAACAUGGGAGAGUACUUCUGCAACAUCUGCAAGUUCUAUGAUGAUAAUACCGAGAAACAACAGUUUCAUUGUGAUGACUGUGGAAUCUGCAGAGUUGGUGGGCGUGAGAACUUCUUCCAUUGCAAGAAGUGUGGAUCUUGUUAUGCGACUGGUCUGCGCAACAACCAUCGCUGCGUUGAGGAUUCAAUGCGACAUCACUGUCCCAUUUGUUUCGAGUAUCUCUUUGACUCUCUAAAAGAAACAACAGUGAUGAAAUGUGGACACACUAUGCACUGUGAAUGCUACCAUGAGAUGAUCAAGCGUGACAAAUUUUGCUGUCCUAUUUGCUCGAGGUCAGUGAUUGAUAUGUCAAAAACAUGGCAGAGGAUGGAUGAAGAGAUUGAAGCCACAUCUAUGCCUUCGGAUUACCAUGACAAGAAGGUGUGGAUACUAUGCAACGACUGUAACGACACAACAGAAGUGUACUUCCACAUAAUAGGACAGAAAUGUGGACAUUGUAGAUCUUACAACACCAGAGCCGUCGCACCUCCUGUUCUUCCUCAAUGACCAAAGAUCUCUUUCACUUGUUGCCAUCUACCAGAAAGCAAGCAUGAACUUUUUGUUGCAAAAAAACUUUCUUGAUGAUCGGUUAUAGCAAGAAAACAUAGAAAAGUUGAUCAAUAUGAUUAUUGGUCGCAAAAGCAAAACAAAACACAUAUCUGUCUUCUUCAUGAUUCUAUUUGUUGUUGGUUCCUAUAUGGUCGAACCAUUUAUAUUUGGGUGUGGUAAAAGCCAGGAUUAUGUAUAAUAUACUCUCUAAAUAUUUUUGAUCCAGGAAAAUUACCUGUGAUAUGCAA